AUUUGAUGCAAGCUCAACUGGCAGGUGCUAUGGCCAAAGCUGAAGUUGAAGCCAAACUUGCUGGUAUGGCUCUUAAAUCUCCUACAAGUCCGACUUAUGCACGUCGUUUAUAUGAUCGACAUCCUGGCGUUGACUUCUUAUCCCCUGAAGCUGCUAUUUAUACCGAUCCUGCUGCUGCUCUUGCUCAGCAAAGAGCUCGACUCCAAGCUGGUAGUCGUGGUACUUCUUUGUAUUCUUCCCGUCCAAAAUCCAUGGUAGCAGAAAAUGAUCAAACUGUUUGGACUCCAGAUAGAACAAGUAAUGGUCGACCAAAGUCGGCUGAUUUAAGUGCUCUUCCUUGGUCUCCUGCUGGUUAUUCUAUGCGUUCUCCUCGGUCUGGUAAUGCUUUUGAUGGCGAGUUAUCACCUCUUGUCGGUGGAAGUUGGGCUAGUAUGGUAUCAACACCUGUGGUUCCGAUGUUUGCUGAAAAACCUAAACAAACUACCGAUGUGGAUAUGGUUAAUAAGAAAUUAUCAAAUUGGAGUGUAAGCAAUAAUUCUGGAAAUCGUGUUGUGUUGGAAAGUGAUGUCAAAAAAUUCCGUCGGAAUCAUGGAAAAUCUAGUUCCGGUGUUCCUGCCACUGUUCAAGAAGAAAAAUAUAAUUCAAAUCAAACAAAUAUC